GGGAUAUACCUUCAGGGGGCGAUUCGGACGCAACCCCAUCGAGGAUGGACGCCCCCCCAUCGUGCGCAUGUCCCAGAGUUGGGCCUAACAAAUUAGGGUCCAGUGGUCCCUAGCAAUUUUGGCUUAAGCAAUUUGGGCUCGAGCAUCUGGACGGGCUCAGCAAUCAAUCACUUUUCAACCUACCAGCUGCUGAAACCUUCCAUUUAUCAAACAUGUUCCGAUCCGUUAUUGUCGGUGCAGCCCUUGCUUCUGGCGCUCAGGGUGAUAAGAUUCUCACCGUCGCAUCAGGCCGUACUUGAUCUCUCAUGUACAAGGUUCUUCGGGAGGCGAAGGUUGAUGUGCGUGCUCUUGUUCAUUCUGCGGACAAAGCGAAGACAGCUCUGGGCUGCAAGAGAUGCGAUGAGUCUGAGGGCAUCUACCUCGGCGACGUGACGAAGAAGGACACCAUUCAGGGCGCAUUCAACGGCGUGGAUACAGUCAUGAUUGCGGUCGGCGCGCAUGGAGAUGAGCCCGACGACGUGGUGGACAAGAUCGAAUGGUACUGUGUCAAGAACCGGGUCGAUACUCUUCUGGUGGCGGGCAAGGAUGGCAAGCGUAUUGUCUUGUUCUCGUCUAUGAGCACCUCGAAGCCUCACAAGCACGUGCUGGAGGACAAGGCUAGGGCGGAGAAGUACAUCAUCGAGCAGGGCGUGCCUUACACCAUCGUGAAGCCCUGCGGCCUCUCCGAAGACGAUGCGGGCGACCGCGACCUCCUUAUCGGCCAUGAUGACGUCGCCGAUGCGAACGACUGGUUCAAGACUUGUUUUCACAAGGUUCCGCGUGCACACGUCGUCUCCGUGGCGUCUGCCGCCCUCCUGAGCCUUCCAGCGGGCCAGAUGCGCUUCGACAUCUGCGCCAAGCUUGCCGGCAGCGGACCAGCCGAUGUCAAGGCGGCCAGCAGAGGGAGGGCCCCGAGCGGCCCCAGGGAGGCCCAUGGUCUCCAGGAAGACCCCAUGAGGGCCAAUGCACUCAAACUGGUUCUCACAGGGCCCAGGAGAACAUGCAGUGCCCAAUGGUACUCCCCAGGCCUCGGCGAGAUACAGGACCGCACUGCGUAUCCAGAGGCCCCGCGGUUCAAGUGAACUCGCGGAUGGCCCCAGGAGGAGGCAUGUGGAGAGAAGAAGAGGGAGCGGG